GCCGUCAGUCUAGUGGACCCACCCAGACCCAUCACCCACUCACUCUCAUGGGGCGCACUGUGUUUCACUUUCCACUCUCCACUACCCUCACAGCUCAAGAAGACGGCGGCGGCUUUGUGGCGACCUCGGAGAUGCUCCUCCUUUAGCACUCAAAGCCUUAGCUCUCUCUCUCUCUCUCUUUGCUUCUCGCUAUGGUAGUGCACGGAGGAGCGGCCGUGCUUGUGGGUUUUCUCGCUUUCCUAAAAUUGCAGCGGAUGGUAGUGGGAGGAGGGCCAGUCAUCUAUGCAAGGGAAUUCAUUUCAAUUACAUUGCUGUCUGACAAGAGAUUCCUGUGCAGAUUGCCCCCUGGACUUAAGUGCAUCAAAUUUUACCCUGGCAGCUUCUGCGUGCUCUAAUAAUGGUGACAGAGGGAAGUGCUGCCGUUAUAUCAAUGCCUUUGUUGCAGUUUCUAUUGCUCGUUAUGCCAAUUUGACAAGCAACCUGGGGGUCCCUUCAGAGUUAUCUGAGGUCUGCCUUCAUUCCAUAUCUGGAACUCUAGAACUGAAUGGUGUGCCUCCAAAUGCUACAAUUUUUUGUGCACUUGGUACUAAAAUUCCAGUUAAUUAUGAGUGCGAGGGCCGAACAACUGUCAUGCAAAUGCUGCAAUCUCCACGGUUUGGUAAUGUCACAGAGAAUUGUAAGUUGCCACUUUUGGGGGGGAGUAGUUGUAGAAGGUGCAUAAAUGCCGGCAUUGUAUACCUCAAACAUCUGGUAGGAGCAGACAAUAACCUGACAUUUAGUACCUGCCGGGAUGCCACUUUUGCUGCACUUGCAAGCCAAGGUGACAACGUAUCUACAAAUGAAAUGGCAAGCUGUUUCUUUGGAGUUCAAGGGCCUAGUGUUUCUCCAGUUUCAGUGCCAUCCCCACCUUUGCUCGUACCCGAGGCGUCUCCAAGUCCAUUAGCUGCUGCUAGCCCCAAUCAGUCCGUGGUUGGAUUACCUUUUGAAGAACAUCAUCAUACCAACCACCUCACGGUAAUCCUAGGUGUCGGCAUUGCAGUUACUUUGGUGGCUGUUCUGCUGCUGAUAAUAUUGAUACUUCUCAUUCGUAGAAAAAGCAGAGAGCUAGAGGAUUCAGAAAGUCCUGACAAGACCCCAUGGAAAGCUUUACCACCUCGACUGAACCGAAAAUGUCUGGAAGGUCCAUCAUCCAUGAUCCGGAAGUUCACCUAUAAGGAAACAAAGAAGGCUACAAACAAUUUCAGCACAGUCAUAGGAAGAGGAGGAUUUGGAACUGUCUACAAGGCUCAGUUUGCUGAUGGAUUUGUGGCAGCGGUGAAGCGGAUGAACAAAGUUUCAGAGCAAGGAGAGGAUGAUUUCUGCCGAGAGAUGGAACUUCUUGCAAGACUGCAUCAUCGUCAUCUUGUGGCUCUAAGGGGAUUUUGCAUUGAAAAACAUGAGAGAUUUCUGAUGUAUGAGUACAUGGAAAAUGGAAGCUUAAAGGAUCAUCUUGAUUCUCCUGGGGGAACUCCAUUGAGUUGGCAAACAAGAAUCCAGAUUGCCAUUGAUGUGGCUAAUGCUCUGGAAUACCUACAUUUUUAUUGUGAUCCUCCUCUCUGCCACAGAGAUAUAAAGUCCAGCAAUAUUUUACUUGAUGAGAACUUUGUUGCAAAGGUUGCGGACUUUGGCCUUGCACAUGCUUCAAAAAGUGGUGCGAUUAGCUUUGAACCAGUGAACACUGAUAUCCGGGGAACUCCUGGUUAUAUGGAUCCUGAAUAUAUGGUAACUCAAGAGCUGACUGAGAAGAGUGAUGUAUACAGUUAUGGUGUGCUGUUGCUAGAGCUAGUAACGGCAAGGAGAGCAAUCCAAGACUGUAGGAAUCUGGUGGAAUGGUCCCAAGUUUUCAUGGCAACAGAAUCUAGGCUACCUGAACUUGUGGAUCCUUCCAUAGGGGAUUCCUUUGACUUGGAACAGCUUCAUACAAUUGUGACAAUUGUGAGAUGGUGUACUCAAAGAGAAGGAAGGGCAAGGCCUUCAAUCAAGCAGGUUUUGAGGCUUCUAUAUGAGAGUUCAGAUCUGAUGCAUAGUGGUUUCAUACAGGAUAUGCAAGAUGAAGAUUAUGAUGGCACUGAAGGUAUGGCAAGGAAUAGUAAAGGGAAGAUGCAAAAGGUUGAGGGGAUCUUUCACAGUGGGGAUGCAAGGUGUCUUCCUUCAUCUUCAAGUACAUCUAGGUCCUACUGUAGCAGGAGCUUUUUAUUUGAAACAGGCUCUCCACAAUCUCCUCCUGGAAUUUUCUCUGUUUGAAUAGAGGGGCUGCCAGAUGGUGCUUCUCUGACUCAGCUGUCUUCAGCCACCUAUGAUGGUUUGCAAGCUCUCAAUUGUUAUUUGGGCCUAGCAAUGGUUGCCAGGUAAGGGAUCAUGUGCUUUAGUAGGGUGUUCCUCUUUAUUGGUAUAGACUUUCAUUCUUGAAUAUAAGGCUGGAGAUAAUUAACUACCAGAAAGAUCCAAAAUGGUGACGGAUUGCCAUGCUCUUUGUUUUAUGUUGCAUGGAAUUACUAAUUUUUUCUUUUUUCCCCCCUUUGAAAGAUGAGAUAUAGAAUAUCUAAUAACAAUAUAUGAGUUAAAAGUGUUUCAGCUUGUAUUGUUUAAAAAUUGUGGUCCAAGUAACCAAGCCACCCAGUCAGAAAAUUGAGAUUGAUGGUUUGGAUAAUUCUUAAAGUUGUAUUAGUGUUAGUCUUUUUUUAAUUUUUUAUUUAUUUAUUUAUUUUUUUUUUAUAUGUAACUUCUUUUUUCCUUGUUCUCCAAAUAUCUGAGAUAUUUACACUUUGUAAUGUAAAUUUCAAUUAGAUUUUAUUCAAACCUGUCACAAUUUCUGACCUGACGUAAAAUCUAUUGCAAUUUUUCUGUAUCCCUGUCUUUUUCAUCUGUAAUUUUUUAUUUACAAUACCGUCCACAAAUACCCAUUUGCUAACUUGAAGAAGACCCGUCUUGAAAUUAAAAUUACCAGUUAGUCAAUCAGGGCUUGAGACAAUAUUCUUUUGUUGAAAUUAAAGUCCUGCUUUGAGCCAAAUGCUUGAAGAUUCUGUAUCCAUUCCUAUUGUGACAAAAAAAAAAAAAUCCUUUCAAAAGGAAUCACCUUGAUAUUAGUCACAAUCUUGCUGAAGUUCUUUGCCAUUUGAAAUCUCUUCUUGGUGGAAAAUAGUGACCAAAGCAGGAUAAUUGAGAUAAGGUGGGCUGUCAUUGGCAACUCCAUUGAAUUUGUCUAUUCACAGCACUUGGCUGCUUGUUGUAUCCAAUACAGUGGUGAAGAUGCAGUUGAAGCAUGUUGAGAUAGGGAUAUUACAUCAACCACAUCAAAAAUUGCUUGGUCUGUUCCAGCUCGCACAUGACUCUUGGCACAUUGGUCAGUUUGUCCCUCAUGUUACAGGAAGUUUUGCCGCAGUCCUACUCUCAAGUCCUUGGAAACUUUUCCACUGGCAGCUGGUACUCCUUUUCUGAAGGACCUUGCCCUAAGAACUUCAGAUGCAGAGGGGAAUUACUAAAUCUAAAUGCUGUUCCAUUCCUGCAUUCAUCCCAUGUCUCUGGUACAGGUGAAUAAUGUGGUCACUAAAAUUGUGUCAAAGACGUUUCCAUGUCAAUUAUUCCUUGAGCCUCCUGUCUGUUUGCAAGUAAAAUGAAGGGAAGGGAAGUAAAAUUGAUUUUAAAAAGGAAAAGGGUAAUUUGGUAAUCAUGAUUGGGUAACCUACUUAAAACUCCUAUCUUAUUUGGCAAUUAUAUUUUUCAGAUAUUAUCAUUAUUAGUUUCCUUUUCAAAUCAAAGGGAUUUUGGUUGCAAAGUAAAGUAAAAUUUAGUAAUCAGAUUUUGAAUGAUUAGUAUUGAUUUGAUUUCACUUUCCUUCCCUUUAUUUCCCUUGCAACCUAAUGGAGACUGAAUAAUUUUUUUCUGUAAAAUGCCAUCACCUUUUGGGUAUUCCUUUGCUUUUAGGCUGAGAAAUCUGGUGGUGCUUUACCAAAAAAAAAAAGGAAAAAAAGGGAAAUAUGGUGGUGUGGGUGGUAACAAUAUUACCAAAAGGACUUGUGACUUAUGGCAUCAUUUUCUAGUAAUAUUUGCAGCCAAGAUAUGUUGCAUUGGCUAUAAAGUCAUGCAUGAUGUGACUGUAGGACAGCAGUUCCCUCUUGUCAUGGGUAUAUCACCAGUUGACUUUACCUGCUAGUGAGGGCUGGUGCAAUGGUGCAAUGGUGCAACGGCGCAAUGGCGCAAUGGCGCAAUGGCGCAAUGGCGCAAUGGCGCAAUGGCUUAAGGGCUAAGGUUUUCAGUUUGUGAGAUUGGUCCAUAUGGAUGAGGUUUGUCCUGCUAUAACUGGAAUUGCUGCUAGUACCCCCAGAUGAUGAGAUGAGCAAUUUAAUUAAGUUUCGGUUGCGAUUGAGAGGAUGGACUGGAGAGAUGAUCUGCAAGGAUGAUUAAUGGAGAUGUUUACCUGUAUUGAGCUUUAACUACAAACAGGUAUUUUUUGUUGGCCAUUUUUCCUGGUAGUGUCAAUAAAUGUUUGUUGUAUUUUUUAAUGAUUGAUCUUGUUUGUUUCCUUGUCCA